AUGAAGAUUUGUGUGUUUCUAUCGUCCUACGAGGGCUCCGGCAGUGCACUUGAGGCUGUCGAUGAACUUCCUUGUAAUCCAGGCGCCUGCACAGACCGGCACACAUUUGAGUAUCGAUUCAUUCACAAGGCCAAUGCCAAUCAGGAAAUCGACGCUGCUGUAGCCGAGGGCUUUGAGUUUUAUUUCAACUUUCUUUGGGGCUCGCUGGACGACCCGGUUGCGGGCAUUCGCGCCAGUCAAUACUUUGAAAGCCUGAGUCUCCCUUCCUGCGGCUUCCGCAGCUGGGAGCGACUCAACACCAAGAAUGACUUUUUUGACCGAGCCAGACUUCGAGGGUCACCUCCCGUCCCCGGCACCGACCGCUUUCCGCUCUUUGUCAAGCCCGCCAACGGCUGCGCCAGCCUGCUGAUUGACGAGCGCUCCGUGUGCCACAAUGAGGAAGAGCUGGUUGGCGCGCUGAGGCGCAUCAAUGAGGGACUGCGUGAAGCGCGUGUGAGGCGCGCAGAGGCCAUGGGCAUCCAAGACACGCACGGAUAUGCCGACUCAUAUAGCCCGGUGGGACGGGACAGCGACGACAUUGUCGUGCAGGAGUUCAUCGAUGGCCGGGACUGUACCUGCUCCGUUGUCAAAAUGGGCCAAGGGUGUCUCGCCCUAGCACCCUUUAUUUACAAGACUCGACCAGUCCCCUCGAUGAAGCAAAAGUUUCUCACCUUUGAGCUAAAGCAUGACGAGCAGACUGCCAUCCAGUUGCUCUCUAAAGAGGAUGACCCGGCCCUCUUUGAGAGGAUCCAGCGGGCGGCCAUUGAGGCAUACCGAGCCAGCGACUGCAGCGGCAGCAACAUGGGUUGCGACGUCGAUAUGCGCAUCCGCCCCGACGGCGCCGUCUUUGUCAUUGAGAUCAAUCCUCAGCCAGCGGCAUUUGAACUCGAGGGGCCGUUUCAGGACCUGCCCAUCAUCCACAGUCUGCCGGGAGGCCACCGCGCCGUCAUUGACAUCUUCAUCAUGAACCAGCUGCUCAGCUGCAGCGACAUGAGGAGCAUAAGCGACAAGGUCGCCCAGUCCUACAACGAAAUGGCGCCACACUACAACAAGGAGGCCGAAGAAAAAUACAAACUUGUCGGCGUCAAGCGUCUGCUCAGUGCCGCCGACUAUAGCGGCACAAUUUUCGAACUCGGCUGCGGGACCGGCCUCUUUGGCCAGCUCCUCUCCAAGGACAAGAAAUGGUCAGCCUCGCGCGAGACGAAUCGGCUCUUUGGGUUUGACAUUUCCCCAGCCAUGCUCAAAAUCUGCAGCGACACUGGGUACUAUGACGGGACACACCUCGACGCCAUGGAGACGACGCUGGUCAACUUUGCCCGCUACUCGCCCAGCGUCGACCACGUCGUCUGCUUUGCCGCGAUUCAGUUUCUGCGGCCCGAGGCCUUUCACUUUGUCCUCGUGCUCUGCUUCGCCAUUGCGGGCCGGUCCAUUACCAUUGGCGUCGACGAGAUUCCCGACGGGUACAAUGCAGCGCUCGACGAGGCUGGCUUUGGCCACAUGCGCCAGCACAACCACAUUGCCAACAUGGAAGCGUUUGGCGAGCCGCCGGGCUGGCGACUGAAGCGAAGAGAGCGCGAGUAUAACUGGACGUCGCCCAAGACGGGUGAUGAAAUUUAUGCGACGUAUUUUAGAUUUGAGCGGGACGAGGGCGGAUACCGAAAUGUAAUGUUUGACAAGGAGGAAUUGGCGAAUUGA